AUGAAUGGCUAUCCUUUAAUGCUGCGGCCUGAUGGUGGCUCUCGCAUGAUUGCGUUUGGCACUACGGGAAUCGUCUGUCAGAACUCCUGUCACACGGAGCAAGUGAUCAAAGCUCCUCUUAAAUACAAGCUUGACGGUUGCAGUGCGGAUGUCAUUGAAAGGACUUUGGAUGGAGAAGAGUUUGCUCGACCAUGUUUUGAGCGCGAGAAGAUUAUCUACAAGACACUCCCAAAAGACCCAAAUAUUCUCAACUGCAUUGAAGUCACAGACGAUUGUAUCCAUCUCCCCUUCCUACGACUCGGAAACCUACGUGAUUAUCUUGAGAAUCACGACCGACAAGUCCAAGCUCAAACCCGGGAACAAUGGAUUCCAAUGGCCGUUGAUGCCAUUGCACUAAUCUACCGCUUCGGUGUGAUACACGCGGAUAUUAGUACACGAAACUUCCUCGUGGCUGAUGACCUAUCUAUAAAGCUUUGCGACUUCUCUGGCUCGGCAAUUGGUGCGGAAUCUGCUCUUGUAUUAGAGGAAGAUCGGUACCAAAUAGCCCCUGAUUCUCCUCGGUCUAUCGCGACAGACAUAUUUGCACUGGGCUGUCUGAUUUUCGAGAUAUCAACUGGUCUGCGCCCAUACCAUGAAAUAUGUGAUGACGAUUAUCAAGAAAUUGAGCGACGCUAUUCGAUCGGCCAUUUUCCAAGCGUGGACGGUCUUCCUUAUCGAAAAAUCAUACACAAGUGCUGGACAGGUCAAUACACAGACGUGAGCCAGCUAAAGGAUGAUUUACAGAAGAGAGAUAGAAGUACUCGAUUAUUCUUGCCGGCUUUCUUUUCAGGUUCGGGUGCAGGUGUUACGAUGGCGUGGGUGCUUUCAUUAACCACAUCGACACUUGCUGCUGGAUUCCUGUUUUGGUGGAGUUCAAGACGCGGGUAUUGGAGGUCUACUGAUGGCUAA